AUGUGGGGUGCAGGGCAGGCUGCAGAGGCUCAUCCCUGGCGAAGGGCAAAGGGGUCCCUGAAGCUCGUGCUGGGGUCAGCCUGGCUGGCUCAGACAGGGAAGCAGAUCAGGACUGGCGCUGAGACCCUGAGAAGGGACGCUCGGGCGGCGGGGGCUGGGCGCGGGGAGGCCCGGGUGGCGGGAAAGGAGCCGGCGGAGCCGGGGACGCGAGGUCGAAACCCGCCGGCGGCCGAGAGGGGUGGGUGGACGCGGGCGGUGGCUGGGGGUGGAGCCCGGCGCGGGGAAGCCGCGCACUCACCGUGCUGCGCCCCCGCGAACGCCGGCUGGAAUCUCCUCAGCGGCGUCCGGAGGUCUCCGCCCGCGGACGGGAGGGAGCUGGAGGAGCUGCCGCCGCCUCAGCCCGCGAGGCGUCCCGCGCGCCGACGGAGAGGCUCGCGGCAGGGCGGGCGCCGAGCUCCCGCGGCCCCUGCAGGCCGGGCGGCGGGCGCGGCUGAGGGCAGGGCUCCUCUCUACCCAGGCUGGCAGCCCUCGGCGUCGUCCGGCACCGAGCGGGGCCUGCGGCUAGGAAAGGAAGGAGGGAGCGGCUGGAAGCAGCCAGGGGCGCGCUCGGGGUCCCGAGGCUGA